AUGGAUAUAGACCUUUAUCAAAGACAAGUGCAAGCAAAUUAGGCAGUAAAGUUUGGAAUUACUUUCAACCUUUAGAGCAUAUAGCAAUUGGAAAUCGUGUUGGAUGGUGCCCAUUAGAAGUUAUUCGAAAUCGUCAAAAGCAAACUUGUAAUACAAUUUGUAAUAUAGGUGAAUCAACAGGAAAUAUGUGGGAUCAUCUUUCAAGUAUACAUGGUAUUACCAAAAAUUCAAAUCUAAAAUCAAAAGAUCAACAAAAAAUUAUAACAAUUGCACAAUCUAAUGAUCUUCAAACACAAAAAGAAUCAAAAUGCCUUCAACAAAUAAUGCUUACUGAUUCUGAAUGGAAUGUAAUUAAAGAAUUAGUAAUUAUUCUUUGUCCAUUUGCUGAAGCAUCAACUUAUUUAGGUGCUAGCAAAUCAUCAAUGAUUAGAUUUAUUAAUCCUACCUUAUCGUAUAUCAAGCAAGAUUUAUAUAAUGAAAAUUCUAUAUUGUAUGAUCUACCGGAUUUAGAAAACUCAGAUAUGGCUUUUGAUAAUGAAAUUGAUGAAGAUAAUGAGUUUGUAAUUUUACAUAAUCAUAAACUAAAUAUUAAUAUUCCACAAGAUUGUGAUAACUUGGAGAAAAAA